AUGUUUGGCCGGUCGCCGCCAAAUAUUCUGGCGACUUUAAUAUUUUGUUUUUUACUACUUUUCCUACGAAACCAUUGUCCGGUAGAAGCAAAACCGCACCGGAAACCGGAUUCUUUGAGACCAAAUACAGCAGGUAACAUUAUCUAUGAAGGAGAUUGGCCAGAACUUGUAAACUAUAAAAAUGGCCACUAUAAGAGAAGUCCGCUGGAAGUGGAGGAUGAGCAGACGGACAGUAAGGGGCAGAAAAUGUUAAGUAUUACGCCUGGGAAAAGACAAGGUAUUGAAACACCAAUUCAGCCUUUGACGUCGGAUCCUAAUGUUGACUUUUCACACUUGAACAGUGCACAAAUCGUUCGGUCGAAAGUCGACCAGCCUGAAAGCGAAUCAUCUGCUGUUUCGGUGGAGGAGGAAAAGAGAGUGUCUGACGAUAGCUCUGGUGCGAAACAGGAAUUAAAGGAAAAUGAUAAUAAAAUAAAUGAAGGACACCAGAAUGAAGACAUUUUGCCGAGUAAUGAAAACAUGAUCGAUAAACAGAAAAAAGAAGCGACAAAUGGGAACAGUGCUUCGUCAUCGCAGGAAGAAGUUGUUGCUGGUAAAGACAGUCAAAAUAAAGAAGCGGCCGAUCAAAACACAAAUAGCCAAAGUGUUGGGGAAAAAAAGCCGUCUGCAGAUGAAAAUGCGCAAGUUCGAAGUGUUGCAAACAAUGUAGGCAAAGUCAACAAGCUUGAAAAUAUCCCUAAUGACAAAAGCAAUGCUAAUUCGUCAAGCCUUUCUCUACAACUGGAAAAGAAUCAGGCUAGUUCUGGUCAGGCUUUAACUAAACCAAGCAACAAGCAACAAGAGGACGCCAAUGAAAGUAAAAGUAAAGCAAUAAAAACUCCACCACCGGUAACGAGUACCUCAGCCAGUCAGAACGCGAUAGCUUCUCCAGAAAACAGCCCAUCCGUUAAACCUGGAAUGUCAUCUCAGGAAAGCAGCCUAACGGCCACAACACCUCAAGUUCAAAGCGCACCGGUAGGCCCGGUGCGAGAUGCACUGGGAAACAGCGGGUCAGAAAUAGUAACAACUCAAACUCGCAGAGCACCUGAACUUGACACCUACGCAGAGCGAGACAAUGAGCCUAAACCAUCCAAUGGGCCGGAAGUUGGACAUUUUCAAGUAGACGACAAAUCUGCUGAUCUUGAAAUAAACGCAAAUUCUGCAGGAGUCAAAGUUAAAGCCAAACCUGCUUCAUUACAGGUGGUUUCACGCCCUGGUUCGCAUUCUGGGGCGGGAUCACAGGAGCGAUCUUAUUUCCCUCAUUAUCAUUAUCCUCCUUACCACCCCCACCACCAUUGGUUUCCUGGUAUGCGGAGAUCGUUCGGACAUUUCCAUCGUCGCCAUUUCUUCAAUCCAUAUCCACCCUUCCUAGAGAGGCGUGGCUAUGAGAAUUUUUACGACGAAGCACCUUUCUAUCGUCGUCGCCUGCCUUACUGGUACCCACACAGGCAUCGACACCAUUUCCACGAUUCUGAUUUGUACGAAAGAUCUCGUUUGGAGGAGCCGGAUGACGUUUCAAGAUACCGUCGGCGACGAAGGCACAAGCGGCGUUUCAGGCAUAUGAACCGGCCAUAUAGGCGGCAGUUUUACAACAAUAUUCCAAUAUCAAGUGGCAUAAAUGCUCCACCUCAAAUGGGAGUACCGCCAGAAGAAGGAACAAUGCCUCAGUUACCAUUGGGACUAGGCCAGUCCUUUACUCAGCGGCAGAAUAUAAUAACACCGAUGCCACCACCUAUCAACGUGGAAGGAAAUCCUCCUCCUGGCUUGCUUGAAGGAAUGAACGGACCGAAUUUUGCUAUGAACGGGAUUGAGGGCCUAAACAGUUUAAACGGAAUGAAUGAGAUAAACAAUGCUUUUAACGGGAUGAACGGAAUGAACGAAAUGAAUAGCAUGGGCGCAAUUGGCCUCAAUCCGUUAGGACAAAUGGGUACCACUGGAGGCUUACAAGAAGGUGCGUUAGAAGAAAUGCCCAAUGCAGAGCAAGCUGGUAUUUCCAGGGCACUUCGAACCAGAAAUAGGCCGUCAGAAGCACCACGAAGGGCCUUCAAAAAGACUGCUAUUCUCUCGGGAACGAAAAGUAAGAACAUGACAAAGACAGAACAUUCGCACGAGAAAACGUUUGAAUUAAAAACGGAGAAUUUAAACGAACACCCUGAAAAGAGGAAAGCAACUAAACAUGGUAAAAAAGGAGGCGUAAACCUUAAAAAAUGGGAAAAAACGCUUAAACGCUAUCACGGAAUAAAGGCAGCUUCAUCAAAGUCACCGGGAAAACGCAAGUUCCGUCGAAGUACGAAAUCCCUUCCGGCCGACCAAGAAUCAUCAAAAGCUGAGGGAAAAACGGAUCAUAAACACGCUGCAUCGUCUCUUCCUGCCCAACACGCAAAAGACGAAAAGGGGAAGAAAAAAAACGAAAUUGUGAUGCAUCGUCCACCAAUAAUCUACCACCCACCCCCUGAAAUCUAUCAUCGCCCUGAUAUCGUGGUUCACCGUGCUCCCAUAAUGCUCCACCGACCACCUAUCAUCUACCAUCAGCCUCCUGUUGUUGUUCAUCGGCCAGCAAUCAUUUAUCAUCAACCACCCAUUGUAUUCCAUCAACCCCCACCGAUGGUGCAUCAGCCAAUCUUGCACUCUCACGACACGUGGGUGACAAAGCCUGUUGUGUUCCACACAGCUUCGACAGUUUCGCAUGAGAAGACCUAUUACGGGAUACCAAAUCACGUGUUUUCUGGAGCUUACGGUGACGAUUGUCAUGGCGGUCACUGCUCUUUCAGAAAAGGACAUGUGCCUCAUAGAAGUAGUACUCAGGCGAAGGGCCUUAAGCAUUCAGACAACCACAAGAAGAAAACAAAACGUAACAGUCUUGGCGAUUAUAUGGCUUACUUUACAUCCCUAUGGAAGAGAAGUCCAUUAAACAAAAGAGAUACCGAAGAUGCAUAUGCCUUUAUUUCGUCAAGCGACGGUGCCAGACAAAAGCUUAGCUACACGGACAUGAAUAACGGUCCCAUAAGUAAGAGGGACACUAGAUCACAGUAUAGUACACCUCUUAAUAGAAUUUGGAAACAAAAAGUUAAACGGAACUCCGAUGACUCCAAGAACGGUACAGAAAACAAGAAAAAGAAAGAUGUCGUUGUCAAUCGACCACCAAUUAUUUAUCAUCCACCACCAGAAAUUUACCAUAGGCCAGACAUAGUAGUACAUCGUCCUCCUCUCGUAAUUCACAGGCCGCCCAUCAUCUAUCAUCAGCCACCUGUCAUUGUUCAUCGCCCAGCCGUUGUGUACCAUCAGCCGCCUAUUGUUUUUCAUCAGCCACCACCGGCAGUUAGCCAGCCGUUGCUGUAUUCACAUGACUCUUUCACAGUACACCCUACCUUCUUUGCUACACAUCAUGGAUCUGUUGUUCGUGACUUUGGACAUUAUGUGGGCGUGCCUAACGUUAUUACAAAUUACGGUAAUCCACUAUUUGGAAGGGGACCUAUCGGCAAGAGAUCUGAAAUAGAAAAAAGGCCAUCUGAAGGCAACACAACGACCUCACAGAGUACUAGUUCGGCGGAACUCACCUCUAAGAAAGCCUCCCUGAAUGAGCAAAACAACAAGGCGAGAAAUGAGUCAAGUGAAAAAGCCGGGAAAAAGAACACUGUUUUAGUCCAUAGGCCUCCAAUAAUUUAUCAUCCACCCCCGGAGAUUUACCACCGACCUAUUAUAGUUGUUCAUCGACCACCAAUUAUGAUCCACCGUGCGCCAAUAUUCUAUCACCAACCACCAGUGGUUGUUCAUCGUCCUGCUAUAGUGUAUCAUCAGCCCCCAUUAAUAUUCCAUCAACCUCCCCCAAUGGUCCAUCAGCCAGUAUUAAAGUCUCACGAUACGUGGAUAUCAAAGCCUGUAGUGAUACCUUUCUCUUCACGCGUAAUGCAUCAUCACACGUACGUUGGGGUUCCUGAUGCCUAUACCGUUCAUCAUUUCGAGGGAUCACACGGCUUUUACAAAUCAAGAAUUUUAAAGCAUACGCACCACGAGGAUGAACAUGCAUAUGAACGAAACAAAAUUACCGACGAGAAUAAUUCAACAAAAACAGAUACAGAUUCUUUCCAGAAGAGAAAAACAAUGACCCAAGGAACCAAGCAAAACAGCACAUUAAAUCUCAAAACAACAAAGACAACCAAUCAGAAGGGAAAGAAGAAAAAUGCAGUUAUUGUGAGACGUCCUCCAGUUAUUUACCAUCCACCGCCUGAAAUAUACCACCGCCCAGAUAUUGUAGUUCACCGAGCUCCUAUUGUUGUCCAUCGCGCUCCAAUAGUUUAUCAUCAGCCUCCUGUAAUUGUACAUCGGCCAGCUAUCGUGUAUCACCAGCCACCGCUAAUAUUUCAUCAGCCUCCGCCAGUGGUGCAUCAACCAGUUUAUCGGUCACAUGACACUUACGUACACAGCCCAGCGGUCAGACUAUUUGGGUCGAGACUGCAUCAUGUUGGGCACAUCUAUAAAAUACCGCAUGCAUACUAUCAUGGACAUGGCGGUGUCCUUCACUACAUGGCAUAUGGGAAAUCCAAAGUACCUAAACAGAAGGAUUACAAAGAAGAGGGAGGUGAGACGAGAAAUAAUGUUAAGAGCAAAAAAGUAACAAAGAAUCAUCACGCAAGACCAAAACAUAAAAUUCUAACAAGAAGCAAGGAUAAAACAGAAACGGGCACGAAGCUUCACAAAAACAACAACAUUAUUUACCAUAAGGCAAAGGAGGUAACGGAAAAAGCAAACAAAAAGAACUCUGUAGUCAUACAUCGGCCGCCAAUUAUCUACCAUCCACCGCCGGAGGUCUAUCAUCGACCUGAUAUUGUAGUUCACCGAGCCCCGAUAGUACUCUACCGCGCACCGAUUGUGUACCAUCAACCACCAGUUGUGGUUCAUCGUCCAGCUAUUGUAUAUCAUCAGCCACCCAUCGUUUUCCACCAGCCUCCACCGAUGGUUCAUCAGCCAGUUCUUCAUUCUCAUGAUACUUGGGUUACAAAACCUGUAGUAGUCCCGUAUGCAUCACAUGUACACCACGUUGCUACGUACAGAGGGGUCCCUCACGAAGAGAUAUUUAUGCACGGUAUAGGCACUGGGACAUUCGGUAAAUCUCACGUUCCCGUAAGAGGAUCCCGCAGAAACGAGAUAAAAAGUGUGGAUCACGGAGAUAAGAACAAGACAAUAAACGCAGACAAGGAAACAACAACGGAAGAAAAGGGGCAACCGGAGAACUUAAGACAUAGAAUAUCGAGAGAUGCAUUUGGCGUAAUGAAAGGUAAGGAAAGACUUGGUGCAGAAAAGAGAAUAAGGAGAGCAAUAUUUGGAUCUGUGACCAGAAAACAGUUGGACGACACUACUGAGAGGAGCCCUCUUGGAGCUGAAGCGAGAAUACAGAGAAGUCUUAUAAAUUCUCUGUCUCAUGUUUACCACCCAGAUUACUCUAAUAGUCAGGAAGGAGCUUCUCAUGAUGCGACCAGACCUGAGCGAUCUAUAGGCGUCUCUUUGCUUAACAUGGGUGCUGGUGCCAGGAUUCAGAGAGCCGUAGCAGAACCAUGGACAGCGUUUGAAGGUGAGCUUCCAUAUCCUAUGUUUAAACGUAGUAGUGACGAAACUGAAAAAUCCUCUACACCGGACGAAAAUGCAAACAAAAACAGCAAUAGCACCAAAAAGACACUACUAAUAAUUCAUAGACCGCCAAUACUGUAUCAUCCACCGAGCCAUAUGAUUCAUCGACCUUCCAUAGUUGUUCACAGACCGGACAUAAUAGUUCACCGCCACCCCAUCGUCUUUCACAGGCCGCCGAUUCUCGUUCACCGACCCCCAAUCAUAAUUCAUCGCCAGCCAGUUCUCAUUCACAGGCCACCAAUUAUAGUUCAUCGACCGCCAUUAGUGUUUCACCGGCCAUCUAUAAUCAUUCAUCGCCGUCCAUAUAUAAUACAUCAUCACCCGAUUCUCUUCCAUCGUCCGCCAAUCAUUAUCCACAGGGGACCUCAAAUGAUAGUUCACCAUUCCCAUCUGAUUCAUCAUUACCCAAUGCACAUGAUACAUAUGACUUGCCCAGGUUGCGGCUUUGGGAAAUCUACUGUUGCACGACUAGACGGUCACCAUAUUGAGCACGACAAUGACAAAACGUCACACUCUGACAGAUUGCUUAAAGAUGCUAAUGUCAAGGAUCUCCAUCGGCAAAGUGCUAACCCGUCAAAACGCUCUGUUGCAGACAAGAAGUCAACAAAACAUACUAAGGAAGACGAGCAUCACAAGAAGAGAAGAGAUGGGCACAAAAAGAAAAAGGACGUAGUCGUUAACAGACCUCCGAUUAUCUACCAUCCCCCACCGGAGGUGUAUCACAGACCAGACAUUGUUGUACACAGAGCACCAAUUCUCAUCCACAGACCACCAAUUGUUUAUCAUCAACCGCCAGUUGUUGUUCACCGACCAGCUGUAGUUUACCAUCAACCACCCAUUGUAUUCCACCAACCUGCUCCAGCGGUUAAUCAGCCAUUACUCUAUUCACAUGAUAGCUUUGUCCUACAUCCAAUGGCGUUUGCAUCUCAUAUGGGUUCUAUUGUAAACGACGCUGGCCAUUACGUUGGUGUUCCUCAUGGCGGAAUAAGCAACUACCCUGGAAAUAUACUUCAUAGUCAUAUGGGUCAUGUGCUGCCUUCGUUUAACCCAACGGGUUGGUCGCGAAGAGCUGAAGUCUCCAAGCCACAAAGCAAAAAGUAUUCAAAGGUCAGUCAUGGGAUGCACAACAAACAUGCAAAACGUUCCACAGACAUGGAAAGUAGUACCAAAAGUGAAAAGCAACGAAAGAGCAAAACACCUGUCAAGCAGGAAAGCAAGCAGAGAAAAGGUGAGAGAAAGAAUAAAGUUGUCGUUGCACGACCACCUUUGAUUUAUCACCCACCCCCUGAGAUCUAUGACCAGCCAAAUGUUAUAGUACACAGACCUGACAUAAUAAUCCACCGACCUUCCGUUGUGUACCACCAGCCAUCUGUAGUUGUCCACAGGGCACCGGUGGUAUAUCAACAGCCACCUGUUGUAUUUCAUCAACCUCCUCCGAUGGUUAAUCAGCCAGUAUACCAUGCCCACGAUACGUACGUAGCACAUCCAGUGUAUCAGCCAGAAGCGAGCCACGUUUCGCACUCAGCAACAUACGUAGGAGCACCCCAAUACUACCCGGGGCAUAACAGCUACGGAUGGGGAUUACCAGGGCACGUAGGAGCACCUCAAUACUACCCGGGACAUGGUAGUUACGGAUGGGGAUUACCAGCAAGCGUGUCGAGUGUACAUCCACUGGCAACUGCGAGAAUACCUGGAUACGGUUAUCAGAGUGGUUCUGCUUAUCCUGGCUUUAGAGGUUUCGGGUACACACCGUCCCCAGCUUCCUAUGGAAAUGCCUUUGGACGAUCAGAGGUUGAAAAUCAUAAGAGUGCGAAAACUAAAAAGAACGACAAAAUUAAAUCAAAAACGAGGAAUAAAGAAAGCCGCAGGCGAAGAUCACUUGAGCUAAACAAGCGCAGCUUCCAUCAUCAUCAUCACCACCACCAUCACCAUCACCAUCACCAUGGUCAUCACCAUCACCAUGGUCAUCACCAUCGUGGAAGUAAGCGUCAUUACCAUUUUCGACCUAUCAGCUCCUUUGCGCAUUUAGGACAUCGUAAACACAUAGUAAUUAUCCAUCGACCUCCUCUAAUUUAUCGUCCACCACCGCAAGUUUAUCGUCGGCCAGAUAUAUUGAUGCACCUACCACCCCUUGUAUAUCACAGACCAGCACUAAUGUUUCAGCAGCCCCCGACAGUAGUUCACCAUCCUCCAAUUGUCUACCAUCAACCACCCGUGGUCUUUCACAACCCUCCUUCAAUUGUCCACACCCCAAUAAUUCGCUCACAUGAGUUGAUUUCACCUCAUCUCCAGCAUGUCAUGGUUCCAACGUCAUCAUACGUACAUCCCAGUGCGAGCUACUUCGGACCUGUUGUCCCAGGCCAGGCAUAUGGAAAGUCUGAUAUUGAGCGAACGACGGCUGGGAAAGACUCCUCUACCGCGAAAAGCGAAACUGGUUUGGGUGCCAAAAGUAACAACAACGCAAAAGCUGAAGAAAAGCGAGAUACUUCCACUAAUCCACAAAACGAAAAGACUGCUAAGAAGGGGUCAAAGAAACAAAAUGUCGACCUAGUAGUUCACCAGCCACCGAUUGUGUACCAUCCACCACCUGACGUCUUUGACAAGCCACCUGUGGUAAUGCACCAGCCUCCGAUGGUUGUGCAUCGUCCGCCCAUCCUCAUACACAGGGCCCCUGUUGUCGUACACAGACCUCCAGUUAUUAUACACAGACCCCCUAUAAUACUUCAUCAGCCAGCACAAAUUUAUCGUGUACACCACGGACAUUUCUUUCACCCUAUGAGAUAUGCAUUCGGAAAGUCCAAAAUAGAAGGCGAUAGCCACACAGGAUCGAAAGAUUAUGAUAAAAAACACAGAGUCCAUAAACCUGAAGCAAGCCAAGAUAAAGAAAAGACAACCAUUAAGAAAGGACAGAAAAAGAACACUGUCUUUGUCCAUAGACCUCCAAUGAUUUACCAUCCUCCACCGGAAAUUUACGAUCGACCAGAUGUUAUAGUGCACCGCCCGGACAUCAUUAUACAUCGACCAUCGAUCGUGUAUCAUCAGCCUUCAGUUGUUGUCCACAUGCCUCCGAUAAUUUAUCGCCAGCCCCCGGUUGUUUUCCAUCAGCCCCCUCCAAUGGUUCACCAACCAGUUUUACACACACACGAUACUUACCUGGCUCAUCACGUUCCUGUGCCUUACACCUCACAUGUAGAGCAUUCAGGAACGUACGUUGGAGCACCACAUUUUUUUAAUCAGCCUUUUAUUGGUGGAUAUGUGGGGAACGCUUUGGGCAAAUCAAAGGUUGAAAAGUCCAGCGACAAGACUACGAGCAGGAGUCAUGCAAGCAAAUUCAAACCUAAAGGAAAAUCAAAGAGAGCGUCCACAGUGGAUGCGGAUCACAACCAGGCAGCUAACAUAGCUAAUGCUUCAAGCUCAUCGCACACGUCUCCUGGUCACAAAAAGAACAAGGUUAUUAUCAAUAGACCAGCAAUGAUAUACCACCCCCCACCUGAGAUAUACGACAGACCGGACGUUAUCGUUCAUAGACCGGAUAUCAUUAUACAUCGCCCUUCCAUUGUUUAUCAUCAACCAUCAGUCGUUGUCCACAGACCUGCCAUCGUCUAUCGUCCCCCUACGGUAAUAUUUCAUCAGCCCCCUCCUUUGGUAAAUCAACGUAUAAUGCACGCACAUGAUACUUAUGUUGCCCAUACUGUUCCGGUACCACAUUCUUCUUACAUACAACACAAAUCCACAUACGUUGGCAGCCCUCACUACUACCCAGGAGGCUGGAACUAUGGGUGGAGUCAACCACAUCCAUAUGGAUUAGCGUAUGGAAAGUCAAAGGUACCUGCAACAAAAGAUACCUCCUCGAAGCAGCACAAGUCAGCAAAUAAAGAUAAAGUGAAACGAUCAGAUGAAGACCAAGAGGAAGAGGAAAAGACGGACAUCAAGCAAAUGCAUGAUAGACCGAAACACAAAGAAAACGCAGACGGAAGUCGGAGAACUCUUGAGAAAGAAACAAAGGAAAUAGAGGAGGAGAUCACAUUAAAAAAUCAAACUGGAAAGGAGACACGCGGAAAGAAAAAGAACGUUGUUGUUAUGCAUCGACCUGCCCUAAUUUAUCAUCCACCGCCGGAAAUUUACGAUAAACCAGAUGUUAUCGUACACAGACCCGACAUCGUUAUUCACAGACCCUCUGUAGUUUUCCAUCAGCCUUCAGUGGUGGUUCACAGGCCACCAGUUAUUUAUCGGCAGCCCCCUGUGAUUUUUCACCAGCCAUCGCCGAUGGUCCACCAACCAAUUCUUCAUGCACAUGACACGUACGUAGCACACCCUCAUUUCGUUCCAUUUACAUCGCACGUUCAACAUACAGGAAGCUACGUUGGUGCCCCGCACUUCUAUCCAGGAAUGUGGGGCUAUGGACAACAUGGGUUUGGCAAAAGUCACAUUUUUGGUAAACCAAAAGUAGAAGGCAAGCCAAAACAUCUCAGAAAAAGUGUCAGCAGUGCUUCAAAGAAUGAAAAGUUUAGUGAUGGGGAUAAAAGGAGUUUACCAAUUGAUAAAAACUCUUCAGCUACUGAAAAGCAUAGAAGUAAUGACAAAGUUUCGAUGAAAAGACACAAAAAGAAUUUGGUGGUAAUGCAUCGCCCACCACUUAUUUACCACCCACCUCCAGAAAUAUACCAUAAGCCCGAUAUUAUUUUGCACAGGCCGGAUAUUGUAAUUCAUAGACCCUCGGUAGUGUUUCAUCAGCCAUCCGUUGUGGUGCACAGACCCCCUGUGAUAUACCGUCAACCGCCGGUUGUGUUUCAUCAGCCAUCUCCAAUGGUACAUCAGCCCAUACUUCAUGCGCAUGACACAUACGUUGCUCAUCCACACUUUGUUCCAUACUUGUCCCACGUAACACACGGGGGUUCGUAUGUAGGGGCACCACACUUUUUCCCGAGUCAUUGGGGACCAGGCCAUGGGUUUGGGCAUUUCCACUUCGGACAUGCGUUUGGAAAAUCCAAAGUAGAACAAGGUACACGAGAACUCAAGUUGGAAUCUGCUAAUAAAACUGUGUCGUCUAACAAACACGUAGACACGGCUGUGCAGAGCAGAAGUAGAAGAGCGAACGCAGAUCUUGAUUUGCGUGGAGGUAAGCCACACGCAAAGCCGAAAGACAAACAUGGAAAAGAUGGAAGCGAUAAAGAGAUGAAAAAGGUGGCCCAGUUCCAUCCAGAAAAAGAACAUAAAAAAAGACAUGGCAAAGGACACAAAAAGAACAUGGUUCUCAUUCAGCGCCCGUCGAUGAUUUAUCAUCCUCCUCCAGAAAUCUAUGACAGACCCGCUAUUAUUGUACAUCGGCCAGAUGUUGUUAUUCACCAGCCAUCGGUAGUGUAUCAUCAACCAUCAGUGGUAGUCCACCGCCCUCCAAUAAUAUAUCAUCCACCACCAGUAGUAUUCCAUCAACCACCCCCAAUGGUACGCCAACAGAUGUACACUUCACAUGACGUUUAUCGGGGCCAUCCGUAUUUUGUGCCCUAUAUGUCUCAUAUUAACCACGCACAAACCUACUUUGGCGCGCCAAACUACUUCCCUGGCAGCUGGGGGUAUGGUUAUGGAUACGGUUCUUCUUUGGCGCCGAUCGCUGAACCAAGAAGAUUAAACGAGCUCAGUGGUCCAUUUCUAAGAUCUUCAAGUUAUGGGUCUAGUUAUGUUGCACCCUCUGCUCGGGUGAAUGGCGUGAGUGGUAAUUAUCGUUCAGCCUUUACCAAGUCAAAAGUUAUGAAGCACGAAAGACAAGCGAAAGAGUCAAAAAGGACUAGAGAUUAUCAGAAGAAGGAAAAUGUUAACAUGAAACCUCAUCGCCAUUCUCACAAACAAGAAAAGCGACAUCGACGCUCUGUGCAUUUAUCAAAUGUUCAGACAAAUAUCCCCUCCGGGAAAAACAAGCUUCACAAAAAGGAGCACAAAUCGGAUAAGGGAGGUAAGAAGAACCUUGUAAUAUUAAACCGACCUUCUCUAGUGUAUCAUCCGCCUCCUGAAAUCUACCAUAAGCCUGAUAUAAUCAUGCACCGGCCUGAUGUUGUUAUUCACCAGCCUUCAGUGGUAUACCAUCAACCCUCAGUUGUGGUUCAUCGUCCACCAAUAAUCUAUCGACAACCUCCAGUGGUAUUUCACCAACCAGCGCCGAUGGUAAGCCAGCCAACGUUUCACUCACAUGAACACUACAUUGCCCAUCCUUCUUUUGUUCCAUACACGAGUCACGUUUACCAUUCGGGAAGUUAUAUAGGUGCACCGGAUUAUUUUCCUGGAGGGUUGAGCAGUGGAUAUAGCCAUGCCUUUGGGAAAUCGCAUGUUCUUAAGUACAAAUCAACGCCAAAAAUGGACAACGCAAAGUAUCAGGGAACAGACAAGAUAAACAAAGAACAGAGACGAAGUACUAAAGGAAAGAUCUUUCAUCCACAAAAGGAAAAGACUGAAAAAGCCUCUAGAAAGAACGACAUUGUUGUAAGUCGUCCUCCUAUAAUUUACCAUCCGCCACCCGAAAUUUACCAUCGACCAGACAUCGUGGUUCACAGAGCGCCGAUAGUACUUCAUCGUCCACCAAUAAUUUAUCACCAGCCUCCAGUAGUUGUCCAUCGGCCGGCUGUUGUUUACCACCAACCCCCUGUAGUAUUUCAUCAGCCACCACCGACAGUGAAUCAACCUAUUUUACACUCACAUGAUUCAUUUGUUGUCCGCCCUGCCGCCAGAUUCUACCCACAAGGCUCUUCUAUUUCACAUAGCAUGAGUUAUGUGGGAAUUCCAAGCCACGUUUUACAUGGAGAUGAAUUAGGAUUUGAACAUUUCCAUAAUCUUCAUCGAUCACGAAUAGAACACAACGAGAAGGGUCCACUGACAGCCCAAAUGACAAAAUCAACAAUCUCGAAAAUACCGACAACCAACAAAGAAAAUACCGGAACGACUAUCACUGACCAGACGCAAAAAAAAACUUUGAGAUCCACUAUAAGGCACCCCAAAAUAACUAAAAGACAGCUCAUAGGCUCUCAUUCACUAUUUGAAUCUUUCUCCCCAAUAAACAACGUUCAAGAACCACAACAUGCAGUAGAGCAGGAUGAAAAGUUAUCAACCAUACCGGGAGAGAUCUCAAAACGUGAAAACGACAUUGCGAAGAGACAACUUAUCCUACCAGAACCUACGGAAAAUGACUAUCAUCCUUCUUUACCGUCAGCAUACAGCUCAUUACAGUUGGCUGCUCUCCAAAACCAAGCUUUUGCGGCCUCUGAAGGUUUAGGGCAAUCAAAUGGUAUUGAACAAGAGCAUAUGGCUGAUCUUCCGUCUUAUUUGUCAGCUCUGCAAGGACUUGAGCGACCUUUAAUGGGACGAUUACCAUUCCAGGUGCAGGCAGCUCCCAAAUAUGAUUCACCGGACGUACGAGUUCAUGUUGAAACUACAAAAUCAUCUAUACCAAUAAAAUCACGAAAAAAGCGACAGCUGUUUCCUUUUUACCAGCAGCAGGCACCUUCGCGAGUACCACACGUUUUAAUUCAGACGCCAAGCUUUGGAGAAUUGGGAGGUGCCAUCCAUUCAGUUGCCCCUGAAUCCAUUUACAACCUUUUGAGACCCAUCCACUCUACGUACCACCCUAUUGCAGGUCCAUACGAUUAUCUGGGAAUCGCUGGGCUACAGCAUCGCCCUCACGUAAACAUCAAUGUGCAGUCAGCCAGGUCGGUAAUUCCAGACAUUGGACAUGACAUCCAGAAACGAUCAGACGAGAAAAAGACAAAAAGACAGUUCUUAGCAGUUAUUCCGCCAUUAUCUCCAAGAAUCCCCUUUGGCUUAGCGGCAGGAAUGAUGAACAACUACCCCUCUUACUUACCGAUUCCAGCUCCUUCAAGUUUCCCAUACCAGCUUGUGCCACGAGCAUUUUAUCCAGAGGAAUCUGAAGAGGAGAGCACAUUUUCUGACGCAUUACCGCUUCCCCGUCCUUCACCGAUUCCACACGCUCCUUAUAACGCAUUUUCAGAUGACGACAAUGAGUCCCCAGGAUAUAACCCACUGGCAUCAUACUUAACUGCACUUUAUAAUAGCUUCCUUGGAUAUCCACUCUAUCGCCGCCAUCGUAAACCUAAAGUUCACGUGGAGGUACACACAUCAAAGUCAAACAUACCAAAAGCCAAGGAGAACAUUCGAGAAGUUCAUUCACGUAUCUCUAAACGGCAGUUGUUUAACAUCUUACCCAGUUCAACUCUGACCGAAAAUCACCAUGUCCUACCUGCAGCUUCAAAUUACGGCAUUCACCCGUAUUCUUCACGGGUAAGAAUCAACGAAGCAACUUCCAAGAGAAACAAAAUACCUGAAACAAACAGGGAGAAAAGAUUUCGCAAAGGACAUAACUUACAGGCGAAAGAGGAAAGAAAUGGAGAAAAAAGAGACGAACUAAUGGGGAAUGGAGCUAUUGAACAAGACGCCUCUCAAGGUGAAGGAAAUUAUAUAAACCAACCAGAAACUCAAGUUUUAACUACAAACGAAGCCACUCCGAAUGAAGAAUACACUACUUCUAACGAAAACGACCAAAUGCAGGGGCUCCCACAACAACAGUCAUACGAAAAACCAAAUGACCAAAUCCAAGAACAGCGGCCUUAUUCAGUUCAACAGACAUGGCCUUUCCCUAAUCAACCUACGACAUUACCCUUACAAGCGCAACAGCUAGCUUACAGAACACCCUUGGCUCCAAUGCAAAUAGCACCGCAGGUACCGAUACAAACAGCUGUCCAAGCACCACCAUAUAUGGCUCCGUCCUUAGGAAUAAUCCCUGGUACAUUACCAGCAGUCCCUAAUAUUCCUCUUGCUGAACACCCAUACGUGCAACAGGUUUCGGAUCUGCAAAACGAACAGCCUAAGCAUACGUCUAUUAAUGUUAACGUAGCUGCAAAAUCAACAGUCCCGGUGAAAAAGGCAAAAAAGAGUACGACCUCCCACGCUAAACGGCAGUUUGUAGUCUCCCCACAGGGAUAUAUUUCUGCCAACGGAAUGCCUAGUUCUUAUUCGCUCUAUAAACCAGCAGAACGUAGCAGAGGUCCGAGGGUUUCAAUCAGUGUACAGAGUAGCAGAAAAGCAGGAAUAGAGAAAGGCCCAGCAAAGCGCCAGAGCAUCUCACUUUUAACACGAUUUCCUGCAAUGCAAGUGUUACCUCAAACAUUUAAGCAGAAUGGCGUUUUAAUGCCGGCUUUUAACACCUUGCCAGUAAAUCAUAGAAUAAAGGCUAAUGGGAUGUUGUUAGAGGAACUUCAACGACAGAGAAAGCAUCGUAUUCCAAAGACGACUAAAAACAAUAAAACAGCUACAAAGGAAAAUGCCAAGAAACGACAAUUUUAUGUGGAGCCAGCGUUAUCACCCUUAACAAUACAACAAUAUGCCAUAGCCAAGCAGCCAAGGGUUUAUCCAAGGCCAAGAGUUUCAGUAAACGUUGAAGUGAACAAAAGGAAGUUCGUGUCUUUAAAGGAAAAACCUUCAAAUGAUUUAAGGCACAAGACACCCACUAAGGGCGAAUCAAAAAUAAAAAGAAGACAAGUUUACGGAAUGGAGCAGCUUCCCAACAGCAUCCAGAUACCGGUAAAGAAUCCUCUUUUUUCACAGACACCCUCCACAGAACAGCAGCGUCGGGUCUCAGUAAACGUAGAAGUACUAAAAAAGAGUAACACUUUGUUAAAACAAAAAGGCCAUGAACCAAAACUAAACAAAGAAAAACGUCAAAUAUAUGGCUUAUCAGAGCUACCACAUGACGGACUGAUCCAACAACCUUUGACGCUACCGAGUCAAAGUCAGCCAUUGGGAUAUCUGCCAAGCUCUCUUCACAGUCCACAUGUUUCUAUCAAUGUUGAGACAUCAAAGCGAUCCGAUGGAGUAGGCGAAAAUAUUUAUAAACGCCAAGUACUAGGUUUGCAGCCAGAUGUAGAAGAACCUUUUGAUCAAAGUCAGGAACCUCUUACACCCGGACAAGAAGCAUUUCAGUCAGAAGAAGCAGCACAACAGGACGAUACGCAGACCCCUAUAGAGGUACAGGAACAAUCAAAAGCAGACGAGACGUCGCCCAUAGCUGUCCAGUCCAAUAUCUUGGCUUCACAACGGGUGGAGGAUUCAUCCUCAGAACAACAAAUAUCUCGUGGUGUUUCAAUCGAUAACCUUGAUCAGCGUCCACAUGUUUCUGUUCAUGUUGAAGCUUCAAAACGAGGCAAAGGAGAAAUUAGGCCAAGGAGUAGAAAGGUGGCGAGAAGUACAAACGGAGAAAAAGGAGAUAAAAGAGAGUUUUACCAAUCAAAUGGAAACGAACAACAAACUGUAGCAAGUACACUACAACAAGAGCUGUUACAACAACAGCAACAGGUUUCACUACCACAAGCCUAUGCUCCACUAUUGCAGCAGCAGCAAGUUCAGCAGUUUCAACCGAUCAUGUUACCAGAUACACAGUCCGCGGAGUCAAGUACCCGACCAAAAGUGAGCAUUAACGUUGAAACAUCUUCAAAAUCUUCAAUAUCUAAACAUAAUUCAGAUGAAAAAAGAACAGGAAGGAAAGCAAGACGUCAGCUUUUAAGCACCAUUCCUCUUCUUAGUUCUUUGGGACAAGCAAUAGCAGAUGGGCAACAAAGAAGAUCAACAGUUCUCGAAUCACUGGAAAAUCACAACAAACCCAAAAAAGGAUUUCGGGCUGAGAAAAAGGACAGACGGGUAUGGAAACGACAGCUUUACAAUUAUCUAGGAGGUCAACAGGAACAACAGAUUCUACCCACUCAAGCUAUACAAGACGUAACAGGAACUGACCAACAACUGCAGAAUACCCCAAUGCAGCCUGUUCAGAUGUUUUCAGGCGGAGUCCAGGCACCACUACCGCAAAUUGGAGGAGUUCCUCAACCUACUGUUUUAGAAACAAGUGAUCAACAGGACCUUCAACAAUACCAAAACGAAAAAGAACAGCUAGCGAAUAAUCAGGAAGGUCCUAUCUCACCCAUUCAAGCUGAACCAACUUUAGGUUCUCUUAGUUCACUUCAACGACCACAUGUAAGCAUAAACGUUCAAACAGCCAAGUCACAAGUGCCCAAUCGGUUGAUUUCAAAAAGAAUGGUACUUGAGAAUACAAAAUUUAAACGACAGUUUGAUGUACUUGGUGGUGGCGGUGUAAUUGAGAGACGAAGAGGUCCAAAAUUCAUGACAGCACCUUUAAAGAAACCAAGAAUUGGAAAUGUUUUUGGAUUAGGUAAUAAUCCAAAUAAGCCAGUUGAAGUCUUCUCAGAUCCACUCGCAAACCUUCUCGCUGGUGGAAAUGAAGAUAGAAAGAGACCAAAGCUGGGAGGAAUACGGCUUGAUAAUCCCACUGGUGUUGGAGCCUUACCACUCAAAGGGGCAGGAAACCCUUUGGAUGGUUUGUUUUCUCCUGAUGUUCGUGCACCGACAAUUUUUCAAGACAAUGGUGCAGAGGCGAUUUCUCCAUUCGUACAAGAACCAGCGCUGACGGGAAAAAAUCCUAUAUUUCCCCCAAGUGGCAUAGCUGGUCCCCGAAUUGACGGUACUACACGAGAAGAUAACAGUCAGUUGCCAUUAAACGACUUAUCUUCCACUGGGCCGGCAAUUAUACCUCUACCUACUCUCAACCAAGCCAUAAUACCCAACUUGCCUUUGGCGGCUGCAGCACCACCCCUACAACAACGCCCAAUCCUUCUUGCUCCACAAGUGCUUCCAAUAGUUCCACUUGCAACACCAAUGCCACUUCCGACACCUGCAAUGGAAGAUACAGCACAUGACCUUCCAGCUCCUCCUCAGAUAGGCCCAAUAUUCCCACCGUUAUUGCCCGUUCCGUUGCCUAACGUGGCGCCACCUCCACCGUUUCAAAGCCCAGAUAGCUUACUUUCCGAGUCAGAAGACGACAAACCAUCAGUGCAUGUUAACGUUGAGACGUCAAGAUCAAAUGUUCCUGACGUAAAAAAAUCAUCCAAGAAGGCUACUGGCCCAGCAACUCAUGGUUAGGCUGAAGGAGAAAACGAUUCUUGAGGUAUGAAAGACGUUUUUCAAAAGCUGCUAAGGAAAAGACACUGACCGGGUAUUAAGCAAUAUAAACGUAAAUUUGAUAAAAUAACGUUGGCUAAAGAGGAUAAAGGUAUAGUAUAACGAAAUGAUCAGUUUAAAGUUCUAAAUAAGAGUUAAUUUAAGGCACGGCAUAAACACAGAAGUAUAUUGUGUUAAUUGAUGGAUUCAACUAAGGGGAACAUUUUUAACAUUGUAACUAGACUUGUUAACCGCUUCCCUCAGUUUGCGGGCCGAAAACACAGUUUCUUGAGAAUUUUCAUUGGCUCAACUUUUCCUCUGUAAAUAAAUCACCGGACAGUGUUUUCGAAGAAUUGUGGUCAUUAAGUGUUUGCCCUUGAUGUUGUGAUUUUUCCAUCUCUUUACUCUACCUUUCAAUGGAUACAUGUACCUUAUAUAAUGAGGUUGGGGCUGGGAGAGCGGAUUUAGAGACUACUGGCAUGGAAGGUAGAAGCUGUCAAAUUAUAGUUGUGGCGAUUCCGGAGGAUGAAGGUGUGAGAGCACAAGCACGAGAAGUACAAAAGUAUCAAGAUCUUACGAGAGAAGUUCAAAGUAUCAGUAAGGGCAAAAGUGAUUCUGGUGGUACGUAGUGGGAGUAUAAGAAUCAUUACCACUAGUUAGGUUGAAAGACAACCUGAGGGUCACUGAUGUGGUCACUUCUGUUGAACUGAUCCAGAAAUAAGCAUUGUUGGGGUCGGAAAGGAUACGUAGGAGACGGUAAUGGAGAUAUAGAGAGGAGAUGUAAGGAAACAACAUGUUGUCAUCCACAGCCAACAUCGUUUUUAAGUUCAAUAAUAAUAAUAAUAACAAUAAUUAUGAUGACAACAACAACAAUAAUAAUAAUAAUAAACAACGAAAUCGCGCACUUGAAAUUGACCAACCACAUGGCAAAGCUGUGAAGAUACACUAGACAGUGUAAACAACAAACAUUACAUGUCAGCAUGUUUCAAUAUUCCAUUAUAUUUUUGUAGGACCCGAUGUAGUUUUGUACACCAAGCGUUACCCAGGAGAGUAAGGGAACUAAAGGAGUGGGCCUGAUUUUGGAACUGAUGAAGACGUGGAACUUCAUGUAGAUACUUUUGAGUGCUUCCAGUUGAUUCAAAGACCCACACGGCAUCUCCUUUGUGCAUCACAGUAGUUUGAUUAACUACAAGCGUAGCAUUAAGCUCGCUUUCACACUGCUGACACUUUUAUGUAAUAAAUUGAAAACAUGAUUAUAAAACGCUAACAGAGCAGUGAAAGUAAGUAAACGUUGACAACUGACGCAUGCAGAUAAACAACACUUUCCAUGUCUGGAGAAAUAUAACAUCGCUUGAGAUUCCAAGAGUGUGCGUAUACUUUCAAAGAAAGCAAAACUCAUGUUAAUUUGAACAAAACCAUUUGAUUUAACUGUCACAGAAAUAGGCGUAGCUUAAAGCCGUUUUGCACGAUUAAUCGAUUGCUAUACGUACCAAGCUUAUGUAUAGUCUUAAUACAUCCCGUGUCACUUUUUUGGCGGACACAGUGUAUCAACAAACUCAUAGGGUGCGUUCGAUUGGAAAAUUUUGAAAUCCGGAUUUCGGAGUUGCAAUAAAACACGAAAUCCCAAAACAGAUUUUCACGCCGUUAAGGGGGAAAUCGGGAAAAAGGAUUUGAAAAACUGCGCGCAAGAAAAGCGCUACAGCAAACGCAGGAAUACACGUAGUUAGCAGAAAAAGACCACUGUUUAAGAGAACAUUUUUGCAAAACGUUUUCUGCAAUUUCCCAAUAAAAUGGUGAAGAAGGAAAUCCAUGAAAUCUAUAAAAAGGAUUUCUUUAUUAAAAUCCACCUUGCUUUUUGGAAUUCGUUAAUGGGUUUUGCAUUUUAUCGCAAAACCGAAAUCCAUCCAAUCGGACGCACCCAAAUAAUUAGUAGCCGUAGCUUGCUUUACCGGUAUGUAUUCGCGGCUCACAAUACGGUCUAGUGCAAUUUGGCUUUUUGACUUGUUUAAGUCAAAGAUCACACAUCUCAAGGGAGAUUUUAUUUAAACCUAUAAAGUUACUUAACCUUGUCAACCGGUAAACGUUCUAAGUGGAGCUAAAAAGGGAAAUAAGUCGUACUAUUGAGUUCUUCGAAGCUCCAAAUACUAACUUAAAAAAUCGGUUAAUGAAAAACAAUCAAAACACAUUUUCUAUGAAUAAACACUUCGAUGAAGUUUAGAAACAAUUGUGACAAUAAAAUAUCGAAUUUUAAACGCACUGUGCGAAAUUACUGCGUCUUAUCUCUAAUCCAUUUGUCUUCAAAAUAUGCUCAGGGAAUCAAACCCACACGUAUUUUACAAAAAAAAACUCCUAAUAGACCUUUUUACCGAUAAGGCGGCCAUAUUGAAUUAAUUUGAUUUAAGGAGUAUUAUAGGAUGCCCAGGGGGCAUGAGCACAUUUCGUUUGAAUAUUCGAGCGCUUUUCGGGACAUUUUUUCGCAAAGUUUUCUUAGAAUAUCUAACAUUACCCUUUUUUCUAGGAACGCGGCACAAACCUACAUUAUUACUAGCGGAAAAAGGGCUCUUUAUAUGUCACUUUCUGGUAUAAAGAUUAUGAUUUGAUCUUUUUCCGCUAGUAAUAAUCAUCCCAACACGGCACAAGGAUCUUUUUUCUUAUUACAAUCUUAUUCUAAGAAAACUUUAAGAAAAAAUGUCCCGGAAAGCGCCCGAAAAUACAAACGAAAUGUGCUCAUGCCCCCUGGCCAUCCUAUAAUACUCCUUAAAUCGAAUUAAUUCAAUAUGGCCGCCGUAUUUGUAAAAAGGUCUAUUGUCUCCUUAACUAUGUUAAAGCGGAAGCCCAAGUCCUCUCUUCAGCAAGUGAAGUAACAUAACUCUUCCAAUCCGCACCGAAAAGCUUGUAAAUUACUCGCAUUCGGCUCGUCAUUUACAAGCCUUUUUAUUGUAAACCUGACAUUAAACCAACAGAGUGCAGUUGAUUGUUUCAAAAAACCGUACCCCUCUGAUUGCCGUUAUCUGUUUCUUCUCCCAUAUAUCAUCCGUGGCAUAUCUGCAAAUUAGCUGGCGAAGUUAUUAAACGAAUCCAUAGAGCUAAUUUAGUGUGUGGUCCACCUUAAAAAAAAACUAUUGCAUUGUAUUGUAUUGUAUUGCUUUGUCUUGUGUACAAUUCGUGUAAAGUCAUUUGUGACGAUACGCGGCUAAACAAUCCUUUCUAUCGAAAUUUUUGCAAACUCGCUUGUGCCUCAUUGUUUUGGAACGCAACGGCCAAUCAAAAAAGCGCCCGAAGGCCAACGAAAUCACUUCGGAAACCGAAGCUUACUCUAAGCAACACUAAGUUGACUGUGAGCUCAUGGGCGCUUUAUUCAGCUGUUUGUGUGUUUCAAAAUAAUAGCGCUUUAGGAAAGUUAAAUGACAGGCAGGAUCGACAGGAUUACUCAGCGGUGGGAGACCAAAUAUAUACGGCAAUCAAAGUGUUAGAAAAUAGUUUACUGCCUAUAAUAGAAACUAGAUUCCCCUGCUUCCUUUGGCAAUCAUGCAAUCUCUCGAGAAAUGUGAAGCAAGUCGCGCGCGAUUCUCUUUAUAACAAGUGGCUCAUUCCCCAGAAAAUAUAUAUUUUCUUAUUUAAAAAUUAGAAAACAAGACAAAAAGAAAACAUUCAAAACGGGUUCAAAACAUUCAAACUAGUGCGCGGAACAAUUUAAACUAGUCCGACUUGAUGAGUGAUUCACUUCGCUGCGAAAGAUCUACAAGGCCUGUAAGUUAAAUGUAUUCUUUUUCCUGCAGGUAAAAUCAGUAAAAGAUUGUUUCUAGACCGAACCAUUUUUAGAAUUCCUGUUUUCAGCCUUGCUUUGAAGAAGCACCUGUUAAAGUCCGCAAGAUAUACGUAAGUUAAAUGUAUUUUUUUUCCUGCAGGUAAAAUCAGUAAAAGAUUGUUUCUAGACCGAACCAUUUUUAGAAUUCCUGUUUUCAGCCUUGCUUUGAAGAAGCACCUGUUAAAGUCCGCAAGAUAUACGUAAGUUAAAUGUAUUUCUUUUCCUGCAGGUAAAAUCAGUAAAAGAUUGUUUCUAGACCGAACCAUUUUUAGAAUUCCCUGUUUUCAGCCCUGCUCUCAAGAAGCACCUGUUAAAGUCCGCAAGAUAUACGUAAGUUAAAUGUAUUCUUUUUCCUGCAGGUAAAAUCAGUAAAAGAUUGUUUCUAGACCGAACCAUUUUUAGAAUUCCCUGUUUUCAGCCUUGCUUUGAAGAAGCACCUGUUAAAGUCCGCAAGAUAUACUGUUUGAUAUACAGGUUUCAGCUGCACAAACUUACAGUGUAUAAGUGUAGUUCCAGUCAUAAAGAAAAUGGCUGUUAUGGAUCAGUAUUUCACCUUUGGUUUAAAUCUAUUUUCGGGCACCACUAUGAUGAUAAUCAGUAUUGAGUUUGAACUGAAGUAAAACAAAAGUAAACCAUUAUAGCGACAGGUGUAUUGAACUACAGUGUAGAUGCGAAUUGUAUAAUGACCUACACUUUGUAAAAAAAAAACAUUAAUCAUGAGCUUUUUAAAGCAAGUAGAGAUGGCAUCCAGUUAGUAUUGUGUUUAGUAAACAAACACUGCAGAUAUAAAGAGAUGAAAAAGCUACAUGCAAGUAACAGAAAAUCCAUCGUAAGAAUUAAAUUAACUUAACUAACUUGUUACUGUCCUCUCUUCUGAUUUUCUUCAUUGUCUUUCCAAUGCAGAUUCCAUUUUAAGUCAUUACAAUACAGCAAAUGAACCUGUGAAAAAUCAAAAUACACUGUACAGUGGAAAGCAUCAAAUGCAUCAUAUCUCAGUGCAAAGAAGUAAUCUUUUUGACUUUCUGCAUCAGUUCAAUAAAACUUGUAAAAGUGUAACUUACCGCUGUUCAAGUAUACUACUAAAACCUAGGUGUUUUAGAGUAAAAAAUACCAUUAUUUUCACCAUUUUCACUUUGCCCAUAAUACACCUUGUUUACCACCCUUCCCCAAAAUUUUGCAUACACUGUACAUGUAACAAUGAUUGUUUCCAACUGGGUAUUAUUAAUUGAAGACAAUGGUUAUGCAAAAUGUUGGAUGGGAGGUUCAGCGGUAUACAAAUUGUAUUAUGUGGGCAAUGUGACUAAAUUAUUCAUUUUGUAAGUCUGAUCGACUAUUAGAGAUUUGAAUUAAUUACCCUUCAUCAACAACAAAAUAUCCCAUUAAACCUUCAUUCAGAUGGAAUUCAGCAUGUACAGACAUGCAGAUGCAAAAUAAGUUCAUCAAUGGUUAAUUAAAUAUAACAAGAGAUCCUUAAAUAUAGAGGACCAGAUACAUGUCAGAGGGUAAAGUGGAAUCCAUGCAGUUAAUACAGAGACACCAAUAGGACAUGCUGUGGUGUCCAUAUUAUCUCGGUGUCCAAUUGAGCGGGCUCUCAGAUAAAACACACCAGACACAUAUUAUAUUGACAUGAAAACUAAAGCAACAAAAAGCCAAGGCAGUGAAACUUGUGUCGUAAGAGACAGGGCACGUUAUAAAAAUUACAGUACAGUCGCCUUCAAACACAAGAGGAAAUACAAUUUAACAGCCUUAUAAAAACAAAAAGGAGCCUUCAGUCACACUACUUUCCAAUUGCUUUUAUAAGUAAUAAUAUCCUAUCCUAAAUGUCUACUUCCCAAUUAGCACAAUUGUGACAAGGAAAAUAAACAUUGCACAAGCAGUCUCAAUAAGGCGGGGUUAACAAUAUUUGAGAGUUGAGAUUCAUGACACAGAAAAGCUCCGUUGUUCUAGUUAAUGGAUGUUUGUAUUUAGGGGGUGUAGUUUUAGAGGAAAUAAUUAUACGAGUUUUUGUCUGGGACAAAUAAAACCGUCCGUUCUACAUGGAUGUUUCUAUUAAGUGGGAAUCAGUAGAGUGGCAGGUUCUACUGUAUAGUCAAUCUUAACUUUAAAGAACUGUAUCAGUACACUCUCAUUUCAUGUAAAUUAUUUUGCAUAUUCAAACUUAAUUCGUUCAUUCAACCAUUUAUAUAGGUUAGGUCAAAAUUAAUACACUGUACGGUCAACCAGGUUCUAUACAGGUCUGUUGCUGACAGUGACUGACAUUUAGACAACCUGUGUGGUCAUUAUCUUCAGAGUCAAGAGUCUUUCUGGUAUAAUUCAUUGCUACAUUCAUUCAUUUCCCCUAUUAUAUGAAAUCUUUUGUCAUUUUUUUGGGUACAGUUUAGGUUACAGUGAAACCUGUACUUUUCACUUGAAAGGAGACACCUAGAGAACCCUUAGUCACUAGAGUCUGCUUAAAACAGUCAUCAUCAUUUAAUCAUCAUCCGAACUCCAAAUAAAAGAUGCUCAUGAUAUGUCAUGUCUAGCUGGGCUGAACCUUUGAAUAAAUCAGCUCAAAGAACUCUGAAGCCUAGUCAGUGGUUACCCUUAGGAGCUGGAAAAUUUUCAGUUAGGGGUACCUGUAAGAUCCUUGUGGCUUCUGAAACAAUCAAUAUCCUCCCAGUCUCUUACCAUUUUUAAGACAGUCAUGUUUAAACAUAUUGCCUUUUAAAUUAAGAUAUACAUGUAUAUAUUUUUUCUAUAUAACAAGAAGAAGUGAAAAAAAGCCACAAAAGGAAUGAUAAAUGCAAUAUACAGUGGUCCAAAAGGGCCAAUGAAUGAUUUACAGCAGCUCACUGAGCUUCUGGGUCAGAAUCAACAGCUACAUAAAUCAGGACAAAAAAAGAUGGUGAUUAACACAGCAUUUAAAUGACUGGGACCCUUAAUAAGUGACUACUCCAACCACAUUGUCUGGGGGUUCAUUCCAAGUUUGACUGCAGUAUGGAUAAAAGACCGAUCAGGUGGAGUGGGUUCUUGAGACUGGUACAGAGAGAGCAUGACUUGGCAUUGACAGACUGCAAACGAGGAUCGAGUUGAACAUCAAAACACAAAGGGUUGAGAGAGCAAAGCCUUCAAGUCAGCUAGACAUUUACUUGUGUACAUCUUGUAGAGUACUGAUGCAGCUGCCAUUAGGCAUCUGUGAUGUAGUGAGGGGACGGGCAGAUCUGAACUAG